CUUCAGACCACGCUGCAGACAGAUGAGGUGAAAAAUGUUCCCUGUGGUACCAGUGGAGGAGUGAUGAUUUAUUUUGACAGAAUUGAGGUGGUAAAUUUCCUCAUCCAGAGUGCAGUGUAUGACAUAGUGAAGAACUACACCGCUGACUAUGACAAAGCUCUCAUCUUCAACAAGAUUCACCAUGAGCUGAACCAGUUCUGCAGUGUCCACACGCUGCAGGAGGUCUACAUUGAGCUGUUCGAUCAGAUUGAUGAAAACCUUAAACUGGCCUUGCAGCAAGACCUAACUACAAUGGCUCCUGGAUUAAUUAUACAGGCAGUUCGAGUUACAAAGCCGAACAUCCCUGAAACAAUCCGGAGGAAUUAUGAGCUCAUGGAGAGUGAGAAGACAAAGCUGCUGAUUGCAGCCCAGAAGCAGAAGGUGGUGGAGAAGGAAGCAGAGACAGAAAGGAAGAAAGCCCUUAUCGAGGCAGAAAAAGUUGCACAAGUUGCCGAAAUAACUUACGGACAGAAAGUGAUGGAGAAGGAAACGGAGAAGCGAAUUUCAGAGAUUGAAGAUGCUGCAUUUCUUGCAAGAGAGAAGGCAAGAGCUGAUGCUGAAUGCUACACUGCUAUGAAAGUAGCCGAGGCUAACAAGCUGAAGUUAACUCCUGAGUACUUGCAGCUGAUGAAAUACAAGGCUAUCGCAGCAAACAGCAAGAUAUAUUUUGGCAAAGAUAUUCCCAAGAUGUUCAUGGACUAUGCGGGAAGCCAGACCAAAUUUGCAGAGGGACUAGGAGAAGGAAUCCAAGAAGAGGAUGGGGCAGGAACCAGUGAGGACACAAAACUACUUCAUAACGUCAACUGAAAAGAAAGAUUUCUAUUCAUUUUGUAUCAGAAGAAACAUGAACUGGGAAGUUUGUUUUUUGUUUUCCCCCUUUCCUGUACUGAGAGAGAUGAAUCAGACUUAAUCCUUUUAAUCUUUUGUAUGACAAUUAGACACAAAGACUUUGGUAUUUAUGGGGUGUUUUGUCUUGUAACUGCUAAGCAGCCAGCUCCACGUAUGUCCUCUAGACGCACCUCUCCCUGCUCUUGGACAUAUAGACCAAAUUAUUCUGGAGAGGCUAGCUAGACUAUCUGUUCUGCGGCCAGCUUAGAUG